AUGCCUACUGGACCGGAAACCGUUCUCAACAACCACGCUCACCGCCACCGCGUCCAUCAACCACUCAUUCUCCACGGUCCCCGUGGUGUCGGCAAGACCACCCUCAUCCUUGAACGGCAUCUCGAGAACUGGAACAAGGGGCCUCAUGUCACUGGUUACAUCGACUUCGCACAAUCAAUUGAAGAGAACCACCCACACCAUGGUCAUUCGUUUCCAUGGGCAUCUUGGUCGAAUUGCAAACCACCAUCUCUCCCCACCCUCCGGACCCAACUCGAGCAGUGUCUUGAGUCCAUGGCUGAAAAGGGUGUUCAACUCGGUACCAUAAGCUCCCACCAGAUUUGCAAAACUCUUGGAAAAUGGCAUAACCUGGAUACAUCUCUCAAAAGAAUUAUUCAAACUAAGAACGAAACAACCACCUCCAAGAAGGCUUUGUCCAAUAAAGUUUCAACAUUAUCUUUGUGGGACAAGGCUGUAUGCACACUAACUGCUCGACUAAAUGCCACAGAGAUCGAUGAGAUUUCGGGGUUUAAAGAGAAGGGUAAAAACGUGAGUCUCCAAGAGACUUCGUAUUAUAGGGAAGGGAUAGUUGCUCUGAAACUCGCUAAGGAAGUGAUCAGGGUUCAACAAGGGUUUAGGGCUAAUGCUGUUAAGCAUUUGAAUAGAACUGGUGGGUUUUUAAGAACUUUGGCUAAUUCAGCUACUGAUUGGCCCUAUUUGUUGCUUGAGUUGUUGUCUGGAGCUACUCAAUCUGACUACUUUCAGCCAAAGUUGGUAAUAAACAAUAUCGAAGUCUUGAAAAUUGCUGCUUUGGUGGAUGAUUCAUCAGUCUCUGGAUCCAUGUAUCAUGACAGUCUGAUAUGGAGAAUAAUAGCUUUAGGUGCAAAUGAGAUGUGUUUGCCUGUGUUUCUCAUAACUUCUGACAGCUAUUAUUCAUACGGAGCUUAUAUGGAUUUUGGGUUUCCUGACAUUUCCAUUUCCCGUGAGACAUUUGGAUGGACUCCACAACAAGCCAAAGUACAUAUGGUUCCAGAUUACUUUAGCCAAUCAGAGUGGGAUUUAAUCGUUGAGGUGCUUGGGCCAAAUCCACGUCAUAUGUUUGAGAUAUAUGCUCUAAAACAGAGCAAUUACUACCAGUCGCUCAUGGAUGAUAAAGAAAAUACACUCGAGGACAUUAUAGAUGCGUAUCUAGCACAUUUGCAAGUUACUGUUGUCAAUCCUGCAAUGGAUAGAGCACUGUCAAUCUUGCAAAAGUUUGCUCUUGAUGCUCAAAAGGGCAAAAUUGUAAAAGACAAAUUACGAUCUGGUGCCCCUUGGAAGCACCCACCACGUAAGGAUGACCCUUGCCUGCGUUCCGAAUGGGCAAAGCUUCAACUAAUGGAUUUCAUCCAAUGUUUAGUCAGUGCCGAGUUUGGGAUUAAUUAUUUUGCGGAUUGUAGCCUUGAGAUCUUUGAUGAUCCUUCCGUUAAUGCAAUGAUGGAGGUUGGUUUACUGUAUGUGCAGCGUGAUCCAUCUUUCUUUCGCCCAAUAUCUCGGGCUAUUCAGAGAUGUCUUGUGAGAUGGCUUGUUCAGGAGAGAAUUCACAUGAGCUUUAAAAAUUCACUGCUUUUUCGGUGGCAUCGGGUUUUAAGAGGACGUAGCUAUCGUCAUCUCAUGUUGCAGUUUAUGCAGAAAAAUGCUGAUUCUUUUAGUGGUAUUGCUGCCUCAAAAACUAACAUAUUCCAUUAACAGUUGCUUGCAGAAGCUUUAAUGUCAACAUCAACAAAGGAACUGAAAUCAUCUUUUGUACAUCCAAAUUGGCUGGUGAUGGAACAUAUAAAAACUGUCAACUCCUUCAUUAAGUCCCCUACAAUACGAAGAUAAAACAGAUGGGCUAUACCUUUAAAGAUUCGGCUGUGAAACCUGAUUUUUUGAAAGAUGUUACAAAUAGUUGACUUAAUUUUUCUGAGGUUAUGGAGCAACUUCAGUUUUGAUUAAAAUAUAGGUGAGAUUGUUGUAGAACUCAAAAAUUACGUAUACACAUGUGACCAUUUAUUGAAGC